AUGCUUAACACUUGGAGCUUAAAUAAUACUGUAAUCAAGAGAUUUGGACGCUUCGCGUCUAGUUCAAUCGUUGAUUGUUCGAUUUUGAGAACCUGCGCAUUAAUCAACGGACAAUGGAGAAAGGGCGAUCAAUAUGCUGUCACAAACCCAUCGACAUCUGAAGAAUUAUGCAAAGUGACCAACUGCGGAACCAAAGAUUACCAUGCGGCGAUAAAAUCUGCUAAAACAGCGUUCAGCAAUUACCGCUAUUCUACAGCAGCUGAAAGAUCCCAAAUUUUGGCUGAUAUACACGAUUUGAUCCAAGAGCAUGAAUUUGACCUUGCUCGAUUGUUGAGCUUGGAAAGCGGAAAAGCAUUCAAAAGUUCGAUGAUCGAUAUAGCCAACGCUGCGAGUUGGUUUCAAUUCUUUUCCAGGGAAGCAUCAAGACCUUCUGCGAAUUCAGAGAUGGCAAGCUCACCACAUCCCCGAGUGACAUUACAAGUCAGUCAGCCAGUCGGUAUAUUAGGAUUCCUUCCACACUGGUCUUUCCCAGCGGCAGUCUCCAGAAAUAUGGCCGCAACAAUAGCGACAGGCAACACAUGUGUGGUACAACCUGCGCAAGAAACACCAUUGACUUCACUUGCGUUUGGAUAUCUAUGCACUCAAGCUGGGCUGCCCGAUGGAGUCUGCAACGUACUACCCACGACCCACCGGCCAAAAUUUGUGAAGCUUCUGCAUAAGAACAAGGCCGUCCACGGGUUAAUGUACAUUGGACCCCAUUAUAUGAGUAAAACCGUCAUGAAUGAAAGCACUGGAACAGGAACACCUAGAAAGGUUUCAUUAACUCCAAGAGGUGAGGUACCUUUCAUUGUCACGGAGACCGCAGAUGUUGGGAACGCGAUACAAGAUUUGAUCCAAUGUCGAUUUAGACUAUCAAACGAAGAAGGAAGCCGCAUCAGUCGGGUUUUUGUUCACGAGACCAUCUAUGAUGAAUUCGCAUCCAAGCUUGUAUCAUUCGUAGAGUCGAAUACCUGUUUAGGAGACGCUUUUAGCCCCGAGGUCACAUAUGGGCCAUUGAGCGAUUCGAAUGAGACCCUAAAGCUUUGUGCGUUGAUUGAGGAUGCAAAAGACAAGGGUGCUAUUGUCUUGUGCGGGGGAAUGAAGGCUGAAAGCCUGGGACCCGGAUUUUACCGUCCUACGGUGCUAGGUAACGUCACCGAAGACAUGAAAAUAGUACAUGAAGAGUUUUACGGUCCCAUUGCUUCUUUGGCAAAGUUCGAUUCACUUCAAGACAUCUCCAACACUGUCAAUAGGGAGCACGUUGGAUCUGCUGCAUAUCUAUACUCGUCCGACUCAAGAUCUGUUUUUGACUUGGCAGCAAAACUAAACGUCGCAAUUUUGCACAUCAAUACGGCUUCGAACGAAGAUUACGGUAGAAAAAAUGCUAUUUUGUGGUGGCCGGAAUCACAAUUUUAUGUCAAUACUAAGGCCCUGAUAUGGGAACCAUAG